AUGAGGACUAAAAUUUUAAAAUAUACGAAAGUAUCAACUUUCAUAACAGUAAGUGUCACAGUAAUAUUUCAAUUGCUUAUAUUUUCCAAUUUUUGUGAAUGUCGUGCCUUAAAUACAUUAAAUUUAACAAAAUCAUCAAAAUUUUCAAUUGAAAGUAAUUCAAUUCAACGGGAUGUAGUUGAAACACAAACCAAUAAUGACAUAAAUAGAUCAUUAAAGCGAGUUUUCUUAUCAAAUCGUACAGUAACUUGUAAUGACGGUUCACAAGCUGGUUUUUAUUUAAGAAAAUCACCAGGAGCAAAAAGAUGGGUAGUGUUUUUAGAAGGAGGUUGGCAUUGUUUCGAUAUAAAAUCAUGUCGAUCUAGAUGGUUAAAAUUCCGUCAUCUAAUGACAUCAGCACAAUGGCCAGAAAAUAGAGAUGUUGGUGGUAUAUUAUCACCAUUACCUGAAGAAAAUCCAUAUUGGCAUAAUGCAAAUCAUGUUCUUGUUCCAUAUUGUAGUAGUGAUUCUUGGUCUGGAACGAAAACACAAAUAGAAACAAGAGAUGGUUGGCGUUUUAUGGGUUCUUUAAUAAUUAAACAGGUUAUUGCUGAUUUAAUUCCUCUUGGAUUAGGUGGACCAGCUAAUUCUGAAUUACUUCUUGUGGGAUCUUCAGCUGGUGGUCUUGGAGUAAUGUUGAAUUUAGAUAGAGUUAGUCAUUUUAUACAUAAUGAAAAGAAUCUUAAGGUUCUUGUAAGAGGUGUCAGCGAUUCGGGAUGGUUUUUGGAUCGGGAACCUUAUACACCUGGUGCUGUUGCAGCAUCAGAAGGUGUAAGACAAGGUUGGAAAAUGUGGGGUGGCUCACUACCUGAAGAAUGUGUUAAACAUCACUUAAAUGAACCUUGGAGAUGUUAUUUUGGUUAUAGGCUUUAUCCUACUUUAAAAUCGCCACUCUUUGUGUUUCAAUGGCUUUUUGAUGAAGCACAAAUGAGAGCUGAUAACGUUGGUGCUCCUGUUACACCACAGCAAUGGGAUUAUAUUCAUGGUAUGGGCGGUGCUUUGAGGCAAUCACUCGACAAUGUGACAGCUGUAUUCGCUCCUUCAUGUAUUGGACACGCAGUGCUAUCAAAACGAGACUGGUUAAAUAUUAAAAUCGAUGACAUUUCUCUACCGGAAGCAUUAAGAUGCUGGGAACAAUCUACAAGAAGAAAACAUAAUAAAUUAAGAAGAGAUUCUGAACCAAAAAGAAAUGACAAAAAAAGACGUCAUAAUCAAAAACAUAAUCGCCAAAAUAACAAUCAGCAAAAUGAUGGAACAAUAAUAACUAGUCCGACAGUUGAAAAAAAAAAUAAAAAAGGAAUUGAUAAAAAUAAUGGUGAACAAAAAAAAUUAACAAAAGAAGAACGUGAACAGAGACGUCGUCAUAAUGAACGUCGACGUAAACAUAGGAAAUUAAGGGAGUCACAAAAAGAAUUAAAAACUGUUGAUGGUAUUUUUGAUAGGAAUUCUAAUAUAACACAAAAAAAUGGUGGUGGUAAUAAAAAAAGAAACAAGCUUCAGGAGAAUUUUGAAGAAAAUUCACCAAAUAGCAAACAUCAUAAAAACGGUGGAAAUGGAAAAAGGAAACGUAAAAGAAAAGAGCAAUUGAGACAUCAAUAUAGAAGAGAUCAAGAAAUACUAUCAUUUGGUUCAAGAUUUACUGAAGGUGAUGAUGCUAAAGUCAUAUUAGAACCGAAAAAGUGUUCAUUACGACUUUUAGAAAAAUGUAGCUGGCCGCAAUGCAAUUAUUCUUGUCCAACUUUAACUAAUCCCUUGACUGGGGAGGAAAUGAGAUUUCUAGAAUUAUUAGCAUCAUUUGGUUUAGACAUCGAGGCAGUAGCUACUGCAAUCGGUGUUGAUAUGCAAACCUUGAACAAUAUGGAUAGAACAGAGUUAGUAAAUCUUUUAACACAGCAAACAAGCUGAGAGAUGCGUGCUAACAGAAAGCAUGAGAAACUUAUUGAUUACUUAAACUGUGAUGCGAUAAUCAAAAAAAAAAUAUAUAAAAAUAAAAAACAAAUUUAUUUAAA